CCGAUGAAAAGAAAGCAGAAGCUUCUUUCCCCCUCCCUAAAAAAAGCAUCAGAAUUUCUCUAAAAAAACUCUGUAAAAUCCAAAAAAGCCACCAUUCUUUCGCUCGUCUUGGUGUGCUCCUCGAUCGAGAGCCCCGUUUGUAAGUGGAUAUUGAGGUCGUUCCUGGAGUUGGAAUUCUCCGUAGGGAUCAAAGUCAGAUUGGGGGUUUGGGAGUUGGAGAGGAAGCGAAUGUCGGGUUCCAUCGAUGGCCUCGCCACGCCUUGUUUUGAGGGCUACGCUCACAGUGAUGAAACGAAAGAGUGCAAAUCUGAUGAAGACAACUCAGACGGGGAUAAGAAGGCUAAACGGGGCUCCUUCAAGAAGAGAGCGAUUACUGCGGGGAAUAAAUUUAGGCAUUCCUUAAGGAGGAGGAGUAAAACGAAGAGUGAUAACCAUGCAGUAUCCAUUGAAGACAUAAGUGAUGUUCAAGAGCUGGAAACUGUUGAAAGGUUCCACCUGUGCUUACUUGCUGAGGGUUUGUUGCCAGAACGUCAUGAUGAUUAUCACUUAAUAUUGAGAUUCCUGAAAGCAAGGAAAUUUAAUAUCGAGAAAGCAAAGCAUAUGUGGUCAGAAAUGCUUAGAUGGAGGAAGGAAUUUGGAGCCGACAAUAUAGAGGAAUUUGAUUACACUGAAUUACAUGAAGUUCUGAACUACUAUCCACAAUUUUAUCAUGGAGUGGACAAAGAGGGAAGGCCUAUCUACAUAGAACUAAUUGGAAAAGUCGAUGCCAGCAAACUAGUACAAAUCACAACUAUUGAUCGAUAUGUAAAUUAUCGUGUCAAGGAGUUUGAGAGAUGUUUGCAAAUGAGGUUUCCAGCUUGUUCUAUUGCUGCAAAAAGACACAUAGACUCAUCUACAACUAUCUUGGAUGUGCAAGGGGUGGGCCUAAAGAACUUCUCAAAAGAUGCAAGAGAGCUUAUUAUGCGACUGCAGAAGAUCAACAAUGACAACUAUCCGGAGACCUUGUACCAAUUGUACAUCAUAAACGCUGGCCAAGGUUUUAAGAUGUUAUGGAGUACAAUAAAAUCAUUUCUUGAUCCAGAAACCACUUCAAAAAUUAAUGUCCUUGGAAGCAAGUACCAGAAUAAACUACUUGAAAUAAUUGAUGACAGUGAACUCCCAGAUUUCCUUGGUGGCAAAUGCAGGUGUGAAGAAUAUGGAGGUUGUCCAAAAUCUGAUAAAGGCCCAUGGAAGGACCCUGAAAUUGUCAAGAGGGUCCUCAAUGGUGAAGCAAACUAUUGUCAGCAAAUUCUCUCUAUAUUAAGCAUCAAUGGGAUGGAAGUUGGUUGUACUGAGCCUCAACACUCAACCAAGCAAAGCAAUGAUGCCUUUGCCGAAUCUAGUUCUGAAGUGGAAGAGGUUUCUUCUCCUACUGCUUCAAUGAACCCCAUCAUAAACCCUCAUUUGAUCCCUGUGCAUGAGCCAAAAUUUCCAGGGCAUGCUUCCACAUCUGAUGCUCCUCCCGUUAUAGAGGUUGGCAUCCCUGCUGUGGACAAGGUUGUGGAUGCAUGCAUCGAUCCAAGAGGCAGCUCGAUGGCUUCCACCUCAGGUUCAUUCCCCUUGAGAAAUAUACCUACCACAUUGAGAGGACUUCAAACUCGAAUUUACUGCAUGGCCCUGUAUGAGGUAUUGAUUCGGCAGGAUGAGCUGCUUGCGUAAAUUGACCAGCAACAGACAGUCACGUUUUGUAGAAAGAAGUUGUGCUUCUAAGUACUGGAGUACCUGACAUUUAUCUCCUUCUCUUUGGGGACGGCAUGCUGCUACUAUUGAUCGAGUAUACUUGCAAAUAUUUUCAUAUUUUGUUUCGGUGUAAAAUAUUGUAAUUAUUAGAAAUAGAAAGGAUUGAGUAGUUGGGUAGGUUUUUUUUAGAUCUUAUUUUUGCGAAAAAAGAGAGUAAAGUUUGACAUUUUGUUUACAUGAGAUGCUGGAUUAAUGUUUCUCCGCCUUUGAUGCAAGACACUGAGCCGUCUUACUGAUAGCGAUCUCCAUGGGGAUUGUGGGAUUACACAUGUUGCUGUUUUUACCUGUGACAAGUACAGGAAUCUGGUUAGUUGUAUCUGGGAGGAGUCCCCCCAGAAGCUUUGCACCUGUGACGACCCUGUGUUGCAGAAACUGCCGUGUCCUGUGCUGCGUAGCCUUUUUUCUUUUUUGUCCAUCAGCUUUACUGAUGCACGUUGAAUUAUUACAGUGAAGAAUAUUAUCA